AGUCAAACGAUUAUUUUCGCGCCGUGAACAUCAAUGAAUGUCAACGAAGAUUUGAGUUACGCGUUUACCCUGAAUCGACAAUGGCUAUGGAUAUUUGGCAUAUGGCCCGAUCCUGACAUCCCUUUAAGUGAAUUUCGUCGGCCAAACAUUAGAUUCAUUAUUGUUACGUGUACCGUGAUCCUGUACGUAACCGCGCCUCAAAUGAUGAAUGUCAUCCGCGCUUGGGGUGACGUGUCUCGGAUGGUGGAAAAUUUUGCCUCCAUGAAUUUCAGUUUGUUGGCGGCGUGCAAGUUGCUCGUUACUUGGUAUCACGGCGAAACACUUCGGCCGCUAAUGGCAUCGAUCACAUCCGAUUGGAUGACUUCAACGAGCAACUGGGAACGAAGUACCAUGUUGAAGAUUGCGAGACGUGGCAGAAGCUUAUCAUUUAGAUGUUGCAUGGCCGCGGUGGGCACGAUUAUAUUUUACAUUUCUUUUCAUCUGCUGAGGUUCUUUAAAAACAUACACCAGCCUCGACGGAGUCUCGUCUAUCGGUUCGAAACUAUCCAAAAGAGUCCGACCUACGAAAUCACCUAUUUUAUUCAACUUUCCGGCGGCACAUAUUCAGUUCUCGCUAACUAUACUGUCGACAGCUUUGUCUCGAUACUGGUGCUGCAUAUGUGCUCGCAACUGAUUAAUCUACGGACGACACUUAACAACCUAGUCAACGAAUUAGUCAGCAAGUCUAUAUCUUCGUCGAGAUUUAGGGAAGGUUUAGCUGCGAUCGUUGUACGACAUGAGCAUCUCAUCAGGAACGCUAAGACGAUCGACGGCUGCUACAGCUCAGUGUUAUUCGUGCACGUAUUAGCCGCUACGUUUCAAAUGUGUGUUAUAACUUUUCAGGUUUUCACGAUAGUGACAGAUAAUUUGAAUGUGCCUGUUAUCAGAAUGAUUUUUCUUUCGUUUUACAUUGCCCUUGUAUUGACGAACAUGUAUGCUUACUGCUACUCAGCUGAAAGGCUUAUAACGGAGAGUACCAAAAUGGCGUACGGCGUGUUUGAAUGCAAGUGGUACGAUUUACCGCCGAAGAACGCAAAGGAUUUAAUGUUCAUCGUGUAUCGGUCUAAAAUGCCACUUAAAUUGACAGCUGGAAAAUUCGGAAUCUUUUCGAUAGAGAUGUUUGCAAUAGCUUUGAAAACAUCAAUGGGAUACCUAUCUGCAUUGUUAACCAUGAGAGGUUAAAGGAUAUGAUAUACUGAAGAAAAUGAUAACAAAAUAAUAUAAUUGAAUUUAAUAUAAUUGAUUAUAAUAUCAAUUGUUUAACAAUGGAAAUGAACAGGUUUAUAUGCACUGCCUGUGACAUCACUGUCGAAUUGGAGAAAUACACAUUUUUGCGCAA